AGCUGAUGGGAGAGGGAGGAACUGCUAGUACUCAUGAAGAGAAACAGAUAGAUAGUUUAAUUAAUAACCACUGUCCCAUUUCCCCAUGACCCCAUCCACUCUGUCUAGUUGCUACAUAGAAUCAGCUUGAUGCUUAUUCCCAAAUACUGAUGGCUUCAAAUAUCAAGACACGACCCAGGAGCGUGCAGCGUCUGUUAGAGUAAUAGGUGGGGACAUCAUAAAACUGCACUGUUGAAAGAAAAAGAGCAUUGCUGCUGUUUGCUGAUAUUUUACCUUCAACAGAAUAUUGCUAGAAUACGGUUUCAAAUGAAAGAAACAAGAUUAACCCCAUCAUUCACUUCCAUCCUGGACUGAGGGAUCUUUGGACGCCAAGACUUAACACACAGGCUUCUGAAUGAAUGAGUGGGUGGGCCAUGACGUCAGUGUGGUGGGACCUUUACAGAUCCCACCCAGUGAUGCGUUCCCCCUAUCAGAGAGCUCACACUUUUUUGAUAUUCUGGCAGAACAGAACAGUCCAUUGCUACAGGACCAGGAGGUCAUGCCCUUCACCAGCUAUCCCAGCAUGCAGUACACCUCGGUGGAGCCCUCCAUGUCAUCACCAUCAUACUACUCCAGUCAGCACUGCUACCCACAGUACUGUGGGGAGGAGUGGUACUCUCCAUCCACCGUGUUUGAGAUGAGGAAAGGACCGUUGGAGGGAGGCUUUGAUAAUGAGCUGGACGAGUCUUGCCCUGUUGUCCCGACUGUGUGUAAAAGAUCCAGACACGCAGCCCACUCCGGAAGGAGCAAAGGCGAGGAACUGUGUGUGGUCUGUGGAGAUAAAGCAUCAGGGUAUCACUACAAUGCACUCACAUGUGAAGGAUGUAAAGGUUUCUUCAGAAGGAGUAUUACAAAGAAUGCUGUAUAUAAAUGUAAGAGUGGAGGAAACUGUGAGAUGGACAUGUACAUGCGCAGGAAAUGCCAAGAGUGUCGACUCAGAAAGUGCAAAGGGAUGGGCAUGCUGGCAGAAUGCUUAUUAACUGAAAUCCAGUGCAAAUCCAAAAGGCUGAGGAAAAACACAAAAGCCUCAUCUGACGAAAGUAUAGGGGAUGAUGUUGGUGAUAGUAGAGAUGCUAAACAAAUUGUAUCUACCACUAAACCCUCCAAGGAGAAUAUAGAACUGAGCCAAGACCAACAGGCUUUAAUAAGUUAUAUAGUUGAUGCUCACAACAAACAUCGCAUCCCUCAGGAUAUGGCGAAAAAACUGCUACAAGAGCAAUUUAACGCAGAAGAAAACUUCCUUCUACUGACCGAAAUGGCAACUAGUCAUGUUCAAGUGCUGGUUGAGUUCACAAAAAAUAUACCAGGUUUUCAAUCUCUGGAUCAUGAAGAUCAGAUUGCUUUAUUAAAAGGUUCCGCUGUAGAGGCAAUGUUCCUGCGCUCAGCCCAGGUUUUCUCCAAGAAACUGCCCAACGGACACACAGAGGUACUAGAGGACAGGAUCAGAAGGAGUGGCAUAUCUGAAGAGUUUAUCACACCCAUGUUUAACUUCUAUAAAAGCAUCGGGGAGCUGCAGAUGAUGCUAGAGGAACAUGCUCUCCUCACCGCUAUCACAAUCCUCUCACCAGACAGACCAUACGUAAAGGACCAGCAGGCAGUGGAGCGUCUGCAGGAGCCCAUGUUGGAGGUGCUGAGGAAGGUCUGUAAACUACAGCACCCCCACGAGCCCCAGCACUUUGCACGGCUUCUCGGUCGUCUGACUGAGCUUCGCACCCUCAACCACCAUCACGCAGAAAUGCUGGAGUCAUGGCGCAUGAGCGACCACAAGUUCACCCCCCUCCUCUGUGAGAUCUGGGACGUUCAGUGACUUAAGUGACUCUUCCACGUUCAGUGGAAGAGAAAAUGAGCAAAAAAUGGGCGGUUGAAAGAGAAAUGCUAUAGACUUUUACUAAGCUGCCAAAGAGAGGAGUUUACACACUUUUCAGAGAAGUGGACUGUUAAAGUAUGUAAUGUAAAUGUAAUAUAUUGUCAAACUUCAAGUAAAACAGGAAAUAAGAAGAUUUUAAGACAUUAUCAGCUCUUCAAGAAAAGAUUGAUGUACACGUUGACAUUCUAAUGCCUUUGUAAAUGUUUACCUGGCCUUUGCAACUUGGCACCUUGUUUGUUUAAAAUCUGCUUUCCUUUAUCAGAGGACUUUGUGACUUUUUACAUUUUAUGUGUGUUUGUAUUUUGUGUAAUUCAUCUAAAUAUUUUAAGGUUCUCAAAAUCUGUACAGCCUGACCUGUGGUCACUCUUUUCACUUUUCGAGAAUUAUGUAACCAUUCUUCUUCUGUGCCCAAAUA